CUCACACAACCUCUGAAGGUUUCCUUCGAACAACAUCUAUUGGUUUCAUUGGAUUGGAUUCAUCAGAUACAUAAUGCCACCAGCAAGGAGAAAGCCGCGAUACACGGUGCAGGAUGUUAUGGACCUGGUCCAAAAUGGAGAGAGUGAGGUUGAGAUUGAAAUCAGUGACACCGAUGAGAGCGAUGAAGACUCCGAUGAAGAUGUCUGUAAAGAAGUGGACAAAGAAAACCAACCACCCAUGGUCUGUCCAGCUGAUAAUUACGUGGACAUCGAGCCAACAACAAACAAACACGCCAUGCACCGUGACAGGUAUCGUCGGCUGAAAAAAGAUUUCAUCAGUCCCAACACUGAUUAUUCUGGUCUGGAUAUCACAGCAGAUGACAUUUCCCUCCACACACCAUUGGAAUACUUCCAGAAAUUUGUGUCCGAAGACAUGAUUGAGGCUCUGACCCAAAACACGAAUGAGUACAGCUCUCAGGUGCAUGGAACAUCUGUAAACACCACUGCAAAGGAAAUUGAAAAAAUGCUUGGCAUGUACCUGAAGAUGGGCCUGGUGCAAAUGGCUGGAACCCGUAUGUAUUGGGAGACAGAGACGCGGUACUCCCCUGUUGCUGAUGUGAUGCCACGCAACAGAUUCCAAUCCCUGUUGACGUCAUUAUAUUUUGUAAACAACAUGACAGUAUCUGAGACGGAAAAGAAAGACAAACUAUGGAAACUCAGACUGUGGCUUGAUUCAUUCAGAGAGAAAUGCCUGCAGGUGGUACCAGAAGAGCACAACUCUGUGGAUGAGAUGAUGAUUCCUUUCCAGUACAUGGAAGGUGUGGAUUUGUUUGACUCAUUUACAGCCAAAUAUAAGUUCCCCAUCAAAUCCCGUCGGUGGUACAUGUACAUCUUCUGGCACACCAUCAUCCUCGCUGUGGUCAAUGCCUGGCUGCUCUACAAGCGGGACUGUAAAGCGCUCAAGGUGUCUAGCAAAGAGACAAUGAACAGGAGACAGUUUCAGGCACAGCUAGCAUCCUCUCUCAUCCUGGUAAACGCAACACUUCAAACUCCAAAGAGUGGACAGCCAUCUUCAGGCAAAGGGAGCCCAGCAACACAGACAGUGACAUCAGGAAGCCCUCUGAAUGCUCAGAAGAGGCCAUCCAAGAGAUGUGCACACCUCCCAUUGGAUGUACGCAAGGACCUAGUUGCCCAUUUCCCAAGGAAGACAGGGAGAGGACGCUGCAGACAGUGCAAUAAAGGAUACACCAACACGCAAUGCAGAAAGUGUGAUGUUCGCCUUUGCUUUUCAGACGACAGGGACUGUUUUUGGGAAUUUCACCACCAAUGAAAGUCUUCAUGACCAAUGUCAUGAAAAGAAAAAAAGAGCGGAAAAUACACGUUUUUUGAGAGUUUCAUCUUGUUUAAUAUUUUUUAUUUUUUUAAUAAAUGACUUCAUAAA